AUGAUUAUCUUUAUAUUAAUACUAUCUUUUAUAGCCCAACUAACAUGUCAUGUUGUUGAGGUCAAAACUUCACACGGAGUAUUAAAAGGAGUAAAACUCAAAAAAUCUGCACAUGUUACACAAUUUUUAGGAGUACCAUAUGCUUUACCACCUAUAAAAAAUUUGAGAUUUAAAAGACCAGAACCACUACCAGAUAAUUACUAUGGUAAAGGAUUUGCAGCAAAUAAAUUGGCUAAAGCAUGUAUGCAACCAGAAAGAGUGGCAAAAUUUGCAGGUUAUGAUGAUUGGUAUCCAAAAAAAAGUGAUAUGUCAGAAGACUGCCUUCAAUUUAAUAUGUGGGUUCCUGAAGUUAAUUAUAAAUCUGUUAUUGUCUUUUUUUUUGGAGGACAAUAUACUUAUGGAUCACCUUCUAUAAAAUUUUUUAAUGGAAGUGAAUUAGCUCAUCAUACAAAUUCAAUUGUAUUAGUUGUUGGUUAUAGGUUAGGUGUAUUUGGUUUUGCUUAUUACAUGGGUCAUAAAAAAUUUGGUAUCAACGGAAAUUUAGGUUUAUUAGAUCAACAAUUAGCAUUAAAAUGGGUACAAAAUAAUAUUGAAUAUUUCGAUGGUGAUAAAAAAAAAGUUACAAUAAUUGGACAUGGUUCAGGAGGUGCAAUGGCUACGGCUCACUUGUAUUCUAUAGGAAGCCAUAAAUUAUUUAAAAGAAUUAUUGCAUUAUCUGGUACAAUUAAUAAUAAAUGGGCAGUAUCAAAAACUAGAUAUGUUGAAAAAAAUUUUAAACAAUUAAUUAAGAAAUUAAAUUGUACUAAUAGCUUUUGGUUCUAUGAAAUUAAAUGUAUGCAAUAUGUUAAGGCUUCAAAUAUUAUUAAAGAAGUUGGUUUUAUUGAUGAUAAACAUCAAUCCUUUUUUUCAGCCCCAUUUAUACCUGUAGAUAUGGAUAAAGUAUUCUUUAAGGGAAAUGUUAAAAUAUUAUUUAGAAGAAAUGUUAUAUCAAAAUCAAAAAUAGAUAUAUUAUUUGGAAGAACAUCUGAAGAAGGUUCAUUAUUUAUGCCAUUUUUUUUGGAUGAUAGCGUUUAUGGUUGCAGACUAAAUUUAAAAAAAAAAAUGACUGAUAAAACUAAUCAAUGUAAUAUGGAUGAAAAGCAAUUUAGACAAGCUGUUAAAUUAAUUUCGACUGAUUACGGGCUAACAAAAGACGCUAGAAACAGACUUUUGGAUGUUUAUUCAGAUCCUGAAGAAGAACCACUUAGAAAUAAAACAAUUAGAAUCAUUACUGAUUUAUAUUUUCAUUGUAGUAUUGAUGAAUUUGCAGAGCAAUUUUAUAAAAAUGUUCAAGGAAAAAAAUAUAUUUAUACUUAUAAACAAAGAUCUACAGCAAAUCCUUGGCCAGAGUGGAUGGGUGCAAUGCAUGGCUAUGAUUUAUUAUAUAUUUUUGGAUGGCCAUUUAGAAGUCCAGGUUAUUAUAAUAGAAAAGGAAUGAAAAGAGAAAUAAUGCAUACACUUAAUAUUAUGGAUGUCAUUAAUGGAUUUGUUAAAAAUGGAAGUAUAGAACAAAAUGUUAAACAAAUGUAUAAAACUAUUAACGAUAUUAAAGGUUUGGGAAGAAAAAUUGUUGUAAAAAAGGUGAAUAGAAAUUAUUUUCUUUCAGAAACUAAAUGUGACACAAUUAAAAGAAUUCAAUAUUCUUAUCGAGUAAAUGAUGAUUCAUCAUCAGGUCAGAUUUAUUAUGACUAA